AUGGCUACUGUGGGCAAUCCGGAUGUGUUGACUCAUGAUAACAUUAGAAUACAGUUAUUGCAGCGCCUUAGGGGAUCCAGCGUUAAUAUUCCAGAUCUAUGGCAUUUCAUAAGCCACUGGCCUCAGAGAGUUCAUGGAGAAAUCGAACGGCUAGAUGAAGACAUACAAAGGGUACUUGCAGGCUUAUUCCCUUCCCCAAGUGACGAGGGGCGGCUUCGAAAGAUGAAGGCUUCCAAUUUUGCACUUUUUGGGGCUUUGUGGUGGUCAUUUGCGCCAUUCGAGGCUUUACGGAUCGAAACCGAUUCGCUUGAAUUCUCUGGUAUCUCGAACGAUGCGGAUGCUGCCGCAAAUUUUCGACAUGAGACUGCUACCUAUAUUCAAGAAAGUCUGUCUGGGAAAUCAGAGAUUGACCUCAUUCACAUAUCCACCAAUCCGAUCGUCACUAGCUUUAGACCUAUAGGUGAAGCGAUAUCAAAAUCUUGCAACGCGCGCCAAACCAAUACCUUGCUCGACGAGUUAUUGUUCUACGUGAAAAUGUGUGGGGAGGAGCAGCGAUAUCAAACAACCCCCUAUCUACCAACGAUUGAAGAAUAUAACCGCAUACGAGCGGGCUCGAGCGCUGUAAGAGUCUGCUUGGCUGCUAUGGAAUAUGCCCAUGGAAUCAACUUGCCCGAAGAAAUAAUGAAUAGUCAAAAGAUGGAACAACUCUGGCACGAAGCAACUAUUAUUAUCUCGACUACUAACGACAUCCUAUCUAUCAAGAAAGAAGUGGCGCAAUCGCAACUUGAUACACUUAUCCCUCUCCUUAUGCUCGAGUCUCGGUCCAUCCAAGACGCAAUUGACCACGCCGCCAAUAUCAUAAGUGCUUCAAUCAAGAGAUUUGAGUCUGUAGAGGAAGAAAUUUUAGCACAGUAUUCCUCCAUGCCCCACGCCCAUGAGGACUUGCCAUCACCUCUGAGAGAUAUCAGAUUGGUUGUCAAUCGAUGCAAGGCGGCAUCCAUGUUACCCUUUAGCGGUCUCGACAGAAGUAGAUUUCAGAAGGGUAAGGGCUAG